AUGGCGUCUGCCAGGAAAACAAUCGAUGUUCCCUCGAUGCCAACGGGGCAGGCACCGCGAUCCAAGAAACGACCCCCGCCGCCGCCCUAUUACCUUCCAUUGAAUAUUACGCUCUAUGUGUUUCUCGUCUCUAAUGCGAUUGCGGCUUUCUUUGCGCCCAUCCAGGAUUGCGAUGAAGUCUUCAACUUUUGGGAGCCUACACAUUAUCUUGAUCAUGGAUACGGGCUUCAGACGUGGGAGUACUCGCCGCUAUAUUCGAUCCGGAGCUGGCUCUAUGUCACCAUUCAUGCCAUUGUCGGGAAAGUGGCCUCCCUUGCUCUGGUUACGAAAAGCUCUCAGUUCUAUGCGAUCCGCUUUUUUCUGGCUCUCGUUUGUGCCGCCUGUCAGACCCGGCUAUAUGCGGCAAUCUGUCGAACACUAAGCCCCAAAAUUGGCCUGUUCUUUCUUAUGAUCGUUGCCUUCAGCCCGGGCAUGUUCCACGCCUCCGCAGCAUUCCUCCCCUCUAGCUUUACUAUGUACAUGUCCAUGCUAGGUCUCACAGCCUUCCUGGAUUGGCGACGUCAGAAGAUCGCGCAAGGAAUUAUGUGGUUUGGCCUCGGUGCGAUUGUCGGCUGGCCUUUUGCCGGUGCUUUGAUCGUUCCACUUCUGCUCGCAGAGGUUCUUGUCGGCUUUAUCUCGGGGUACCUGGGGACUGUCGUCUCUGGUAUCUUCAGUGGGGCCAUCAGGUGUCUGGCAAUCCUGGCUGCAGAAAUUGCUGUGGAUUACGCUUUCCUCCGAAAAUUUGCUAUUGUGCCUUGGAAUAUCGUCGCCUACAACAUCUUUGGAGGAGAAGGAAAGGGCCCAGACAUCUUCGGUACAGAGCCUUGGACCUUCUACAUAAGGAACCUACUCUUGAACUUCAAUAUCUGGUUCAUAUUUGCGAUGUCUGCAGCACCUUUACUACUUCUCCAGGCCGUAUUCCGGCCCCAAUCGACCAAGAAGGAGAUUCCGCUACGAACUUUGGCGGUAAUUGCGCCAUUUUAUAUGUGGCUUGCGAUCUUUACCGCUCAGCCUCACAAGGAAGAAAGGUUCAUGUAUCCGGCGUACCCUUUUCUUGCUCUCAAUGCGGCGAUCGCCAUCCACAUAAUCCUAUCCUACGUUGGGUCUAAAGACUCGAAAGGGUCCAAUGGAACCUUGAUAGCCCAAGCCAAGCUUACCAUUGUGACAGCUAUUGUUCUUGCCGCUAUCAAUGCUGGCUUGCUGCGGACCGUCGGUAUGAUCACCGGCUACAACGCCCCUCUAAAGGUGUUCGAACCGCUCGAACGGCUGGACAUUCCCCAAGCGGGCGACUCGGUAUGCCUCGGUAAAGAGUGGUACCGAUUUCCAUCUUCGUUCUUCCUCCCUGAUGGCAUGCGGGCCAAGUUUAUCCGCAGCGAAUUCCGGGGAUUGCUCCCUGGGGAAUUUCCCGAUGCCACGGAUUACCCUGCUCUUUUUGACGGUACAUCCCAGAUCCCCGAAGGCAUGAACGACUUGAAUCUGGAGGACCCAGGCAAAUAUGUUGACAUCUCCCAAUGCUCAUACCUGGUGGACUCGUACUUCCCCAGCCGCGAUGCAACCGAGCUGGAGCCCGACUAUAUCCAUGACGAGUCGCAGUGGGAGGUGAUGUCGUGCAAGCACUUCCUCGAUGCUUCGCAAACAGGCCUUAUAGGCCGCCUAAUCUGGGUCCCUGACCUGCCGGGGCUUCCGAAUCAAUUGCAGCGUAAAUGGGGGCAAUAUUGCCUGCUACGGCGCCGUGAUGUCAACGCCGAGGCGGAUUAA